GUGUGAGCUGUCAGCCACGUCACCUCCUCUGAAGCAACUUUCCUUCAGUGGAGAGUGAGCGGAGUGAUUGAGUGCACUCAUACCUGUUUAUCUGAGUGUUUAGAUAGCAGUCGGACCCUCGGAGCUCACCGUGCCGCCGCUGGCUUCUCCUCUCUUUAGCUUUUUUUUUUAAAACUCGUUUCGUGUUUGUACUCUCUCACACUUUGUGUUCGCUUUUUUCCCCCGUGUGGCUGAACAUCCCUGCCCUGUCUCUCGAGGACGCGUAAGGCCCGACAGGAGUUGUUUUUACUGUUUUUGAGGCGGAAAAUAAACAACAUGAACAUCUUCCGUCUGGCGGGUGACGUGUCACACCUGGUGGCUAUCAUUAUCCUGUUGCUGAAGAUAUGGAAGUCCAGAUCCUGUGCUGGUAUUUCUGGGAAGUCUCAGGUGCUGUUUGCACUUGUCUUCACCACCAGGUACCUGGACUUGUUCACGGUCUUCAUCUCCCCUUACAACACGGUCAUGAAGGUGGUGUUCCUGGCUCUGUCCUAUGCUACCGUGUACCUGAUCUACAUGCGCUUCAGGAACGCGUAUGACUCGGAGAACGACACCUUCCGUGUGGAGUUCCUGUUGGUGCCAGUCAUCGGGCUGUCCUUCCUGGAAAACUAUGCAUUCAACCCUAUGGAGAUCAUGUGGACCUUCUCCAUCUUCCUGGAGGCGGUGGCCAUAAUGCCGCAGCUCUUCAUGAUCACCAAGACCGGCGAGGCGGAGUCCAUCACCACCCACUACCUGUUCUUCCUUGGCCUCUACCGAGCCCUCUACAUAGCCAACUGGGUGUGGCGUUACCACACCGAGGGCUUCUUCGACCAGAUCGCCGUGGUGUCCGGCGUCGUGCAGACCAUUUUCUACUGCGACUUCUUCUACCUUUACGUCACAAGGGUACUUCGGGGAAAAGGAAAGAUGACCCUGCCGAUGCCCGUUUAAUAACAGACGUCUGCACCAAAUUCAGCCACCCGCUGGUGCCUGCUGCAGUCCAGCAUCUGAACACAGUCCUCGCCCUUCAACUGUACAUUUAUUUAGCCAUGGGACUAAUGGUCGAACAUCAUUCUGUAGACCGAUUUGAGUGCACCAAUAGAAACGAAAGUCUGUGUGUGUGUGUGUGUGUGUGUGUGUGUGUGUGAGAGAGAAUAUUUCUGUAUGCUUGUUUGUUUUUUUCUUCAUAUUAUGCAAUUGUGACACUGGAAAUGUGUCCAUGAUGUGCACAAACUUAAAUUCAGGCAAGUGAGUAACACUAUGGAAACUAUGUAUUUGUCUUUACUUGAGAGAGACUUUGGCUCUGGAGACUGUUAGAAUCCACAACAGUGUAAAUGAGGUCGGUUGUAGCUUUUACGUACAGCGCUCAUGUAGAGGGUGUGUAGCUUCAGUCUCCACACAGUACAGACACAGACCCAGUGUUUGCUGUGUUCAAGUUGUAAGAGUGCCCAGUUACAUGUCAAAGGUUCCUACACUUUAUCCGAUCCCCACCACACGUUUGGCAAACUGAGUCUUGCCUGAUUAAUUUUGCAGUAACGACAAAUAUUGUAGUAUUUGUACAUUUGUACUCUGUAAUCUUCCACAAAUUGUCCUCCUCUUUGGUUCUGUAAUGUUAGACACUCCCUACAUGCAAACUGUUUCAAAGUAUGUUCCUUUUUGUAUUUCCUCGUAGUCAUCGUCUUUUAUAUUUAGAUAUUGUCAUGCCUUAAAAAGAUGGAACAGAUUA